AACAAGGUUUGUGGAGCUAAUUGUGACUCAUCUCAAUACAGCCUGCAUUUAAAAGAGGAACUUCAGGAGAAGAAACUUCAAAUGAUGGAAUUCUGGGUUUCAAGUGGGGGAAUUCUAGUUUUCAAAGUGGUCCCUAGGGGUGCUGAAGGCCCACCCUGUAGUUCUUCAUAAAAGGCACCUCAAAGGUAUCUCUGCUAAAGGGGCCCUAGCGACUGGUGGAAUGUGGGUUAUUAUGAGGACAGACGAUUGUGAUGGCGGCUGGGCUGUGGAAUCUUGUGAGGCCAAAUGUUAAUGCCUCAAAAAAUGUCCUUUGGCCCCAACUGGCAGUGCUGUGGUUUUCUAGAUGGCAACGGAGGAUAGGGAAAUGAUGGAAGGCCGAGGGGCAGGGGAAAGUUGCCCAACCUUCCCCAAGAUGGCGCCUGAUGACCCCAUGUCUGAAGGAAAGCCAAGGGCUUCAUUGCCCCAGGAGGCAGACACCCCGAAGCCAGACUCCUCCUACGACUACCUGGAGGAGAUGGAAACUUGUGAGGACGGAGCAUGCCCGGGGCCACCUAAGGUACUGUCCUCCAAGGCCGGCCCCGCUGCCACUAAAGGACAGGCGGGCGAUGGACCCGAACCCGCGGAGCUGUCCUCGGGCCCAGCCACGGCGGCGCCGGGGAGCCCAGUGCGCGAGCGCGACGCGGAGAUGGAGCUGGAGAAGGUGCGCAUGGAGUUUGAGCUCAAGCGGCUCAAGUACCUGCACGAGGAGAACGAGCGCCAGCGGCAGCACGAGGAGGUGAUGGAGCAGCUGCAGCAGCAGGCGACGCCCCGCCUGUUCUCGGGAGGCCUCCAGGACCUCCUGCUUCCCCAGAACCAGUUCGCCAUGUUCCUGUACUGCUUCAUUUUCAUACACAUAAUCUAUGUCACCAAGGAGAUGAUCUUCUUUCUCUUCUCCAAGCACUACGUAUUCUGCAUUGCGGCCAUUUUGCUCUGUUUGAUUAAAACUUUAUGGUCAUACUUCCAAGUGCUUUCGCUCUCUCUCCAUCACUCGGCACCGCCUUGCCUCACCUGUGCCCCCCUCCCCCAGUCAGAACUCGCUGUUAGGAAAGGUCUGCUGUCAAACAUUUACACCUUAGUGUGA